AUGCUUCGGGGACUCGCCUUCGCUGCCGUUGUUGCACUGGCCUCGGCCGCCACCUGCCAGUCGCCCCAGCACUCGGCCACCACCUUCUCCACCACCGACUCCUUCUUCCAUUUCCAGACGUCUUUCAUCGCCGAAUUCUCCCUGCAAUGCGCGAACAAAGUGAAGGACGCCCCCUACUACGCGGUUGUUAACGGCGAGAAGACCUACCAAGUUGCCUAUUCCGAUGACACGAACAAGUACCAGGUCUCGUUCGCCCUCGACCACGACAAGGCCUCCGCCCAGACUUUCAACAUCGACGUCUACGACGAGGACACCUUUGCCACCUACAGCAACGCUCAACACAACGGACAAGAUACCUCCAGCGCAAAGCCGCUCUUCACGAUCCCGCUGUACCACCCGGGCCUCAACAAGAAAUACCCGAUCAGCUGCGAGACGUUCGCCGUCCUCGCCGCCCUCGGAGGCAUCUACUACGCCUUCUAUCUCAAGUCCGAAGCCACCGCC